UAUAGAAGAUGAGAUAAAAUAAUUUCAUGAGAUAUCCCUGUUUGUUCCGUCCAGCGUAUCAAAAGGUUUAUUGUAUAUGAUAGAGUAGUCAUACGAAUUAGCUAGUGUAACACUGAACUUGCUCCAUAGAUAUCUAGUACUCGAUAUUCCAUUGUACACUUAGAGGAAAAAAUAAUGGGAAGAGAGAAACGAGCUUGUCAAGGUAAACAACACUUCAGCCAUCCACACAUCUUGAAACCAAUUGUCAAUCCAACUGAAACUCUCACUUGCAAUGCUUGUGAGCAACCAAACAUUACUAGUAAUUUCUAUGGCUGCAAUACCUGCCAAUAUUACCUCCACCAAAACUGCCUCAACGCUCCGCGUUUUCUUGAUCAUUCUUCUCAUCCUUCUCACCACUUGACCCUUCUCCCAACUCCGACUUACUCGAAUCGUUCUUACACUUGCAAGGCUUGUGCCUCUGCUGGAAAUGGUUUUAGUUUUAGCUGUGCACGUUGUGAAUUCGAUGUCCACAUGCACUGUGCUCUUUUGCCCCAAACUGUCUUCCUGUCCCAGCACCAUCAUCAUGAUCUUGUGCUCAUAUUUGAAUCCCCUUUUUAUGAUGAUGCCGAUGAUGAAAGCACCGUUUUUGUUUGUGAUCUCUGUCGCGACAAUGUUGAUCUUAAUAACUGGUUUUAUUAUUGUGCUGAUUGUGAUUUUGGUACACAUCUCGAAUGUGCCAUUUCCAAAUCUGUCAGCCAACAAGAACGUCCAAAACUGUUGGGCAACAAACCAAGAGAAAAUCCUGUAGUAAUCAGGAAAACAGAGGAGGUACCCAUCAAGAACGAAAAAGAAAUCAAUCAAGAAGAAGAGGCAGAGGAAGAAGAAGAAAAUUCCAACGAAAUGGGAAGAGGAAAGCAGACAUGUCAAGGUAAACAACACUUCAGUCAUCCACACAUCUUGAAACCAAUUGUCAAUCCAACUGAAACUCUUACUUGCAAUGCUUGUGAGCAACCAAACAUUACUAGUAACUUCUAUGGCUGCACUACCUGCCAAUAUUACCUCCACGAAAACUGCCUCAACGCUCCGCGUUUUCUCCAUCACUCAUCUCAUCCAUCCCACCACUUAACCCUUCUCCCAGUUCCAACUUACUCGAAUCGUUCUUAUACUUGCAAGGCUUGUGGCUCUGCUGGCAAUGGUUGUAGCUUUAGCUGUGCCUGUUGCGACUUUGAUAUCCAUAUGCAAUGUGCCCUUUUGCCCCAAACUGUUGUCCUUCCCCAGCAACAUCAUCAUGAACUUGAACUCAUUUUUGAAUCCCCUUAUGAUGAUGACGCCGAUGAAAACACUGUUUUUGUUUGUGAUGUCUGUCACGACAAUGCAGAUCUUAAUAACUGGUUGUAUUAUUGUGCUGAUUGUGAUUUUGGCACACAUCUAAAAUGUGCCAUUUCCAAAUCUGUCAGACAACAAGAACCGAAACAGAGGAAAAGAAGAGGAACCAAUCAAGAUACAUGAAAUCAAUCAAAAAGAGGAAAACAGAGGUGUGACGAGUAAAGUAAAAAAUCUGAAGCAUUUUAGCCACUCC